AUGCCGCGGUGUUUGGUGAGCCUUCCGAAAGCAGAGCUCCAUAUACACCUCGAGGGGGCGAUGCGUCCAGAGACGCUCAGCGAUUUAUGUAGGAAACAUGGCGUGGAACGGCCAAUGGAUACGCGUGGCAAGAGCUUCUCUGACUUCUCUCCGUUCGCCAGCUGCUACAUCGCCGUUUGCGAAUGUUUGCGAGAAGAGAGUGACCUGCAACGGUUGGUGCUGGAGGUAGCAGAGGAUGCAGCAAAAUCAGGUGCUCUGUGGAUAGAGCCAGCUCUAUCCAUCGAGCUUUAUGCGGAUCGAUUUGGUGGUAUCAAGGCCUCUUUGGACUUGUUGAUGAAAGCUGCAGAAGUAGCAGAGACCCGCACUGGCGUGGCAAUUGGAUUCAUCGUUGCAGCCGAACGCCAUUUGCCCGUGGAGCGUGCUGAGGCCUUGGCUCGAGCUGUAAAGGAUGUGGUGACCUCUGGAAGGGGCACCAUCCACGGACGCCCUGGCAUCAUUGGCUUCGGUCUACAUGGAGCAGAGGCUGGUAACCCACCGGAGCGGUUCGCGGACGCCUUCCGCAGCGUCUGCAGUGAGGUGGUUGCCCUGCCACACGCUGGGGAGAUUGCCCCGGGACCCGGACUGGGGCCGGCCAGUGUCAGAUUCUGCGUGGAUGUCCUUGGAGCCAAAAGAAUUGCCCAUGGAGUGCUCAGUAUGGAAGAUGAAGAGUUGAUUCAACACCUGGCAAAGUUGCAGAUAUGUUUAGACAUUUGCCCCAGCAGCAAUGAGCUGCUUGGGGUGGUGGCUGUGAAGGACUCCCCACUAACCAAAUUUCUGGAAGCUGGUGUGCCGUGCAGCAUCAAUUCGGAUGACCCUUUGCUCUUUGGCCCCAGCCUCCUUCAAGAGUUUCAGCGUUGUCGAGAUCAGCUGGAGAUGUCAGACAACCAGCUUGCGGAUUGCGCAGCCAACUCCUUUCGGCACAGCCGGGCACCUGAUCAGCUGAAGCAACGGGGCUUGCUUGGCGUCGAGGACUGGCUGCGCAAGGAGGAAGGAAAGUCGCUGAAGCGAAGCCUUGAUUUAGCAUUCAGCGACAGUGCGGCUGCAACAAAA